CGUGGUAAAGAAAGCCAAAGAGUUGCCGGUGAGCCCUGGGAAAGAACGAACCAGCUCAAAAUCGUGGAUGUUUCUUCGGAAAGGAUGCCGAAGAACUUGCGUGGUGACAAGCCAGCCGAAGGUGGCAGACAGGGAGGGGUCUUGGCCCAGAGCAACUGUCAGGAGAAGGGUGAGAUCAGAUCCCACCCAUCAGUGGCAUCACUGUCCCCCAAUUAUCCAUCCUCCCUCAUGCCCCAGGCUCCCCAAGGCCAGCAGGAUAUGCGACGGUCCAUCAGCAUGGCCAAACUGACCUCCUCCCCACAACUGCCUGCAAGAAAGACAGAUUCCACACAAAGGGGUUCCAGCCAGACAUCAGACUCCCUCGGGGCAUCCAAGAACGGCCCGGUGACGGGCCCUGAUGGGGAAGAGCACCCCUGCUUUGCACCACGGCCAGCCACCCGGACGUACUCCAUGCCAGCCCAGUUCUCAAGUCACUUUGGACGGGAGAAUGCUUCCUCCCACAGCCCCAGCCACUCCUCUCAGGAGAGCCUGGUCUCCAUGGUGAGCGAAACAAAGGCUCCCAAAGGCUGUAUUCCUGGCCUGGCUAAUGGACAGGGUGUGUACGGUGCGAAGCCUCUCCAGGACACGAGGACCCUCCCAGCGACGGACCCAGGGGAUGUCACCGCCGUCACAGACAAAAUCAAAGUCAGCAGGCGGCAUUACUACUACGAGCAGAACUGGCCCCACGAAUCUACCUCAUUUUUCUCUGUGAAGCAGAGGAUCAAGUCUUUUGAAAACUUGGCCAAUUCUGAUCGGUCCAUCGCCAAAUCUGGGGCAUCCUCAUUCUUAUCUGUAAGCUCCAAGCCUCCCAUUAGCAGGCGGUCAUCUGGAAGUAUGGCUUCGGGGAACCCGGGCCACCCCAGUGACACAGCAGCGAGGUCGCUGAGACGCAGCUUGAGUUCGUGCAGUGAAACCCAGAGUGAAGCCGGCACCCUUGUCCCACAAAUGACCAAGUCCCCGUCCAGCAUGACGCUGAUCAUCCCCAGGCCGGCGGUGCCCGAGACCAGUAACAAGGGCCCUGAUUCCAACUCAAAGAGAUCACACGUUCCUUCGGGAAUCCCCACCCCGACGGUAACGCCGGCCUCUCCGGUCAAGAGGAACAAGUCCUCGGUGCGCCACAUGCAGCCCUCGCCUGUGUCCCGCUCAAAGCUGCAGGAGCUACGAGCCUUAAGCAUGCCUGACCUGGACAAGCUCUGCAGUGGCGAAGACUACUCCACAGGACCCACUGCCGUGCUCUUCCGAACCCAGCUGGAGAUCAUCCCUAGGAGAUCUCUGGGCUCCAAGGCUGGCUUCCCUCCUGGAGGCCUGACGGGCCUCAAUGCAUCAGCUACCACCACCUGCCCAGCAAGAAGCUGCCCAACGUCCAGCGCGACCACAGCGCCUCCUGUGGCCAGUGAAGGAAGGGAGCCCGGCCAGGACCUGUCGUUGGGAAAAAGCUGGUCAGUUAGUUUGGAUCAACUUCUCACCUCUGAGGGAGACCAUCAGAGAUUGCAAGCAGUUUUAUCGGCAGUGGGGUCUACAUCCACCAUCCCAAAUCUCAUUCAAGAAGCGAAAGCACAAUCAGAGGACAAAGAAGAUAUUUUCUUUGUAGUCUUGAAUAAAAAAGAAGGCUCAGGACUGGGAUUCAGUGUGGCAGGAGGGACAGAGGUGGAGCGGAAACCAAUCAUGGUCCACAGGGUGUUUUCUCAGGGGGCAGCUUCUCAGGAAGGGACUGUGAACCGAGGUGAUUACCUUCUCUCCAUCAAUGGCUCCUGGCUGGCUGGUUUAGCCCAGGAAGAUGUCUUAAAGGCUCUGCAUGAGGCCCAGCUGCACAAAAGUGCACUCAUGGUCAUCAGGAAGGGGAAUGAGCAGCCCAGGCCCACCCCCAAGCAGGAGCUGCCUCUGGCCAAUGGGAAGGGCACGCUGCCCGGAAAGCAUACCAUGCUGGAUCCUGGAAAUGGGAGAAGCGGAGCUGCUCACGACGCUGUGUGUGUGGAGAUGCUGAAGACAGCCGCUGGGCUGGGAUUGAGUCUGGAUGGAGGAAAAUCAUCUGUGUCUGGAGAUGGGCCGCUGGUCAUUAAAAGGGUGUACAAAGGUGGUGCAGCUGAGAGAGCGGGAACAAUUGAAGCUGGAGAUGAAAUCCUUGCUAUUAAUGGAAAACCCCUUGUUGGGCUCAUGCACUUCGAUGCCUGGAAUAUCAUGAAGUCUGUUCCAGAAGGGCCUGUGCAAUUAGUAAUUAGGAAGCACAGGAACUCUUCGUGAAUUUCACUGAGCAUCUCCUUUCCUCAGUUCUUGUCUUCUAGCAAAUCAGAAUGACUUCAAGUGAUAGGUUCUUGAAACAAUAGACAAUGGUAAAGAGGACUGUAACAAUCUUCACUUGUACGUACACCUGAAGCCUAACCUAUUGUGUCCUGGCAGCAAUGAGGCUGAACUCUUGAGGACCUCCACCUGGACAUCUCAGCUGGUGGUCAGUGUGCUCCAGUGCCAGCCCCUUAUAUUUGCAGCAGGGACACAAGAGGUGACUUUGCACUUCUUCAUCUGAAACACCUAGCUACACACCUUCAUAUCCCUCUUGGCACCUCUCCCAAUAUACAGUACUUGGUGAGUAGGAACUGGAGGGGUGACAGAAUGUCACAGUUAAAAGACUUAUCUAGUUUUAUAUAAUUUUGUAACUAAAUGACACAGUGCUUUUAGGCAUAUUCAAUGGAAGAAGAGAGCUGUAGGUCUAUAUAUGUUACCCUGAAAAGAAAAUAAGACUUUAAGAUAAAAAUAAUUAUGUCCUAAUUAUUAGGCUGAGCUCAGGAAUUAUCCCAAAAAUAAAAAAGCAAAAUUCAGAAAGUAUUUUUUAAUGAGUAUAAUGUAUAGAUGCAGAGUUCAACUCAAUCUAAGAAAUAUCAAUCAUUUUCUAUUUCUAUCAGUUUAAGUCACGAGGAUGUUUUACAGAAUAACUAUUCAAUCAACUGUAUUAAAUAGCUGUGGGCUUUGCUGCUUAGCAGGAGUAGAAGUUCCUUAUCUGAAAGCACCUUGCAUCUAGUUUUCAAACUUGCCUUGAGUAAAUGAUUCAAUUCCAGGCUGAUCAACAAAGAGCAAGCAAAAUUAGCAAAUCACUGGGUUUCCCAUGUCUACAUGUCAUGCACUCCAGCCACUAACUUAAGUUUUUAGAAAUUAAGUACCUUAGUGUACUUGGAUUUAUAAACGUAGUCCAGAGGCACUUAAAGGAAUCCUCCCAGAGAUUUUUGUUGGUUGGGUUGGUUUCCUCCUAUUUCCCAACACACUGAUGAAAUGUAGCAUUUCUAAGCAAUGGGUCUUCAUUUGAUCCUGUUAAAUGGCAGCGCCCUACAGUGAUUGAAGUUCUUGCUGUUUUCUUGCUUUGUAAACUCUUCUAAACGUUUUGCCAAAAAGCGUCAGCCUGUAAGACAAUUGCUGCCGCAUGCUGCUUGUGUCAGGUCCCCAGCUGCCAUGCGCUGCUGCAAAGCAUUCCCAUUCGACAUGCCAUCCCUUGUCACAAAGUUGGCUUUUCUGCCCUCGUACUGUAUUUUCUUUUCUCAAAUUCCAAAGCCCCUAUCAGCUUCUUUUACCAAAAUGUCACCAGGAGGAAAAUGGAAAAACAGGGUGAGAAACUGUCAAGGUGGAUGAGUGGGUUAAGUACUGAACCCACAUCCUCAGGCAGCGCAGUCCAGCCCGUCAAGUCCUGGGAAUACGGACAGAGACUGCACUUGUCACACUUGCGUGCAUGACAAUAUUUUAUGUUGGCAACUUCUUUAAACAACCUACUACUGAGCUCAUGUAGGUGCCCAAGCUGUUGCCUUUGUCAUUUUUCUGAGCAAUCCCGCCAGCCAUCAGGAGUCAGCUCCCUCAGAUGGGAAUCAUUACCUGGCUCAUUCUCAAGAGAUUAUACAAAGGAAAACAUAGGACAGGGGUUAGCUAGAAAAAUCUGCUUUAGCUUCUACUUUUCAUUGCAGUUAGAAUAGUGUAAGAAGUCAGUGCAAGGUGCAUGCUAGAUUUUCUUUAAGUCUCUGGGGACAGUGUUAUGGUUUCUGCUUUCUUGCCUAUAUGAUAAGAGACUACUUGGAAUCAACACUGAAAACAUUUUUUUUUUUGCCUCCACUCUUCAAGCUGUGCCUGUUAAGAAACACACAGUCCUAUGUAGGGAGAGAGCAAUGUGGGGCAAUGAAAGGGUUCCUUCUGAUAGUCCUUAAUCUUCAUCUCAAGAACUCAAGGGUGGACCUCUGGCUUACCACACUGUCUUAAAGUCAUCAGCCAUUUCUCCUAGAUCUUGCCAGAAGGAUUCUGUAGUCAACAGUAGGAAGUUAAAGGAAGAAGCAAAAGCUAAACUGUCUGACACUGAGAUAGAAAGCUAUUUAUUUGUCUUCAGCGUUCAAAGCAUGACUAGUAUUUCUAAUUAGUCUAAUAAAUGCCCACACUUCUUGACUUGAACACUAAUGGUAUUGUCCUACUAAAAUUUUCUUUGUUUUGUUUUUUUAAAACUAGUCAGUCAUUCACCGUUAAGCUAUGACAGUAAAUAUGUGUUAUAACAUGUACAUCGUAGUUGCAAGAAAAUACCGUGAAGGCUGAAGUAGUAGAUUGGGUUCCCUUUUCAUCCUAACACACAUCUCAUUGCAUUGUAUGGUUGACUUAAUUGGCACAUCUGUUGUACAAUAUUAUACAUUAUCCUUUAUUUAUGUAAAAUAAAUGCCUUAUAUAUUAAAGAGUAAGUGCAAUAAUGAAAUAGUCUGUACAUUUUUAAGAGGUUGUUGCCAAGUUAUGUAAAUCCACAUCUCUGUAAACAAUUUUUUAAGUAAUUUUAAAAAUAAACACUCCUUACUACUUG